CUGUGACAGAGUUAAGCAAAGAAUUUCAAGAAGGAGGGGAACCAAUCACCGAUGACAGCAUCAGCUUGCAAAAGUUUUCCUACAAGCUUGAGUACCUUUUACAGUUUGACCAGAAAGAAAAGACCACACUGCUGGGGAACAGAAAAGACUACUGGGAUUACUUCUGCGACUGUCUGGCUAAAGUCAAAGGAGCUAAUGAUGGGAUCCGCUUUGUUAAGUCUAUUUCAGAGCUCAGAACAUCUCUUGGUAAAGGAAGAGCAUUUAUACGUUACUCCUUAGUACACCAAAGGCUGGCAGACACCUUGCAACAAUGUUUUAUGAAUACCAAAGUAACAAGUGACUGGUACUAUGCAAGAAGUCCAUUUCUGAAGUCUAAAAUGAGUUCUGACAUUGUGGGUCAACUCUAUGAGUUAACUGAGGUUCAGUUUGACUUGGCAUCAAGAGGGCAUGACUUAGAUGCUGCUUGGCCAACAUUUGCCAGGAGGACAUUGUCCUCACAUGGCUCUUCGGCAUAUUUGUGGAAGCCUCCAAGUCGCAGUUCAAGCAUAAGUAGUUUAGUGAGCAACUAUUUGCAGACACAAGAGUUUCCAGGUAGCCCUGAUGCAAAUAUCUCACUAAAUGCUGAACACGUGGAGGGCUUUGAAGAGAUGCGUGUGGAACUUGACCAGGGAGAGCUGAGGCAGAGGGAGCUGCAGGACCGGAUUAAUCAGCUAGAGAAGGAGAACCAGCAGCUGCAGGCAGCCGUCAGCCUUCAGAAAGAACAAGUGCAAGUGGAAAAGGAAAAGAGCAGCAACUUCAGAGAGGAGAACUCCAGACUGACAAAAACGAUAGCGGAGUUACAGAAACAGUGUGAGGUUUCCCAGUCCACUCAGAGCACUGUUCAUGACCUACAAAAAUGUGUGCAGGCAUUAGAAGUGAAUGCAGCCGAGCAGCAAAAGGAAUACCACACAAGGCUUGAGCAAAUGGAGUCGAGUAAGAAGGACUAUGCCUCAGAACUGCAGCUCUUGAAUCAGGAGCUGGAAACAACCAGGGCUUCGGUCAGCAUGAAGGAUCUCUGCAUCAGUGAGCUCCAGACCAAGCUAAGUUCAACAGAGCAGAAGAAUCUAGAGCUCAUUGCAAAAGUCGAUGCCAUCUUGGAUGAAAAAGGAGUAUUGCUGGAGAAACUUCACCAGGCAGAAAAGGAAAAGGCUGACAUCCAGAAACUAAAUAACGAACUUCUGUCUCAGGUAAAGACAGCGAGAGAGGAACUGCAGCUGAAAGAGGGGGCACAGAAAGAACUGGAAUCCAGAUUUAGUUGCCUCACCACGGACUCCAAAAAAGAGAGUGAAAAACUGCUCAUGAGCCUGGAAAUGAUGGCAAAGGAAAUGGAUACAGUUCAGGAGGCGCUGACUGUGAAAGGAAAGGAGGUGGCUGAACUCCAGAUCCAGCUGAAGGGCUCACUGGCUCGUGUGGGGUCGCUGGAAAAAAAUCUUGAAGAGACCAGAAGAGCAAAAGAGAACCUUCAGGAAGAGUGCAGCUGCAGGGAAGCUGUGCUGAAGCAGGAAGCCAGAACCUUGGCAGAGCAACUUGAGCUGCGGAAGGAUCAUUUAUCAAAGCUGAGUCAGAACGUGCACAGCCUAGAGGAGCAAAACCAAAAACUCCUCUCAAGCAAUGAUCACCUCCUCCAGAAGGUAAAGGACAUGGAGGAGCUCGCAGGACAGCAAAGCUUGGCACUGAACGAAAUUGGUGAAGAAAGCAAGAAACUGAAAUCUGAGAAUGCAAAUCUGCACCAAACCAAGGAGAAGAUGAAAGAGAAGCAGAAAAACCUGGAGGCAUCUAAAGCCUCUUUGGAAGCUGAGUUGGCCAGGCUGAGGGCAUCGGAGAAACAGCUCCAGAGUCAGAUUGACGAUGCCAUGGUGUCGGUGGAUGAAAAAGAGAAAAAGCUCCGGGAGCAGAACAAACAGUUGCAUGAAGACUUGCAGAAUGUCACAAGGCAAAAUCAGAUCCUGGAAGAGAGGCUACAGUCUCUGCAUUCUGAAUACCAAGAACUGAGGCAAAGAGAAGAUACCAUCAAGGAGUCUUUAGCUGAAUUGCAAACAGAGCACAAGAGUGCCAAACAGCAUGGUUUACGGAUGGAAAAGAUUCUGUUUUCCUUGAAGGAGUGUGAAGAGUCUCUUAGGUCACAGGUUACAGAGAAAGAUGUGACACUGCAAGGCAUAGAGAGCCAAUGCAAGCAGCUACAGGCAGAAAUUGAGAUGUACCGAAAAAAAGCGGAGUCUCUUGAAGUGGAAAAGCUAAGUAUGGAAAAAACAUGCCUUCAUCAAAUAAAAUUGAUUGAAUCCCUUACUGGAGAGAAGGAUUCAGUGGAGAAGGCCCAGCUGGAGCAGGCAGCAUGUCAGGAGAAAGAGGCACAAGAGUUGGCUUCCAGGCUAGCCGUGUCUGAAAAGCAGCUGCACAUCAACCAGAGUGAAGUGUCCAGGUUGCAGGCAGAAGUGAUUGACCUUCGAGCCAAGCUUCAGCAGACAGCUGAUGAGAGAGAGAGGAUGCAAGGCAAGCUGGAUGUCACGGAGGCAGUUUUGGGGGAACAAAAGACACUGGUCCAGCAGCUGAAAGAGCAGAGUGAGUCACUCAACAGCAACCACGUGCAAGAGCUGGUACAGUGUAAAGAAAGAGAGGAAACUCUGAAAAAAGAGCGGGAAAGGGAAGCCCAUCAAAAGGCUGAGCUGGAGAAGAAUGUGCUGAGUCUCAGGGAAGAGCUGUCCAAGGUUAAGCAGUAUUUGGAGACUGUUCAAAUGGAAAAUGUAGAAACCAAUGACCUGCUCCACAGAACCAACACUGACAUGGCUGAACUUGGUAUUCAGAUCUGUACCUUGACCUCUGAGAAGGGGGAUGCAGAAGAGAAGCUGGCCCGGGUCACUAAGAAGCUCGGGGAAUUGGGUGAGCAAGCAGCAAAGGAGCAGGAGAGGCUGCAACUUGACAUCUCCACGCUCAGGCAGGAGAACCAAGGCCUGACAGAGAAACUAAAGGAGACUCAAGUAUGCGUUGCCGCUGUUUCCAGCCUGCAAACACAGCUGGAGGUGGCAGCGAAACAGGCCCAACGCUGCCAAGAGACCAGCGAAGAAGAGCUGUCUGCAAUAAAAUUUCAAAUGAGCACAGAGAUUAUAAAUUAUCAAACAAAAUUCAAGGCUGUCAGUGAAGAAUGCGAGAAAGUAAAAGAGCAGCUUGAGGAGCAGAAACGACAGCUGUGUGCUGCAGAGGAAGAGAUUGCAGAGCUUCACGCUUUAAACACGGAACUGUCUAGCAAACUGGAGCGUACAACAGAGCAAUUGACUGAAUAUGAAUCCACCAGGUUAAAAAAAGACGAGGAGGUGAUGUCUCUGAAAAAACACUUGGAGAGGACCCAAAAGGAAGUUGACAAAGCGAAUGAGCAAGUCAAAGAGUACGGUGACAAACUCAACAAGGCGACAGCAGACAGAGACAGCAAUGAUCAGAAGUUGUUGGCUGAGCUAGACGAUCUAACUAGAACAAAGCAAUUCCUUGAAGAACGUUUGAUAGAACUUCUCAGGGAUAAGGAUGCCCUUUGGCAGAAAUCAGAUGCACUGGAAUUUCAGCAGAAGCUCUGUGAAGAGCAAAGAUGGCUUGGUGACACAGAAGUAAAUCAUUGCCUGAGCUGUCAGCGAGAGUUUACUUGGAUGAUGCGCCGACACCACUGCAGACUGUGUGGUCGCAUUUUCUGCUAUUACUGCUGUAACAACUAUAUGAUGACCAAACACAGUGGCAAGAAGGAGCGGUGCUGUAGAGCUUGCUUCAAUAAACCUAGGGUGAUCGUGGAUUACACGGAUGACUUUGGAUCCCGUGCCAGCCAAGAAGAACCACCAGCUCUGCUAAAUUCACCAGUGUCUCCGACCCAGGAAGGUACAGGCGGAACUUUUACAAAUGAAACCUCCAAACCACCAGAUGAUGCAGUGUUUGAUAUAAUCACAGAUGAGGAACUGUGCCAAGUGCAGGAAUCUGACUCUGUCCAUAACGAAAGUCAAGCUGAUGUAGAGUCUCUGGACCAGAGUGACACAGAUCUAAACAGCACAUAUAAUUCUUCGACCUUGGAUGACUCAGAAGAAUUGCAAGUGGCCCAAGAUGCUGAGAUAUGUUUGCUGAAGUCAGGAGAACUGAUGAUAAAAUUACCCCUUACAGUUGAAGAGAUUUUAAAUUUUGGGGAAGACAACAGGGAGCUGUUCAUUAAGUCCAGCACCUACAGCACCAUCCCUAUCACCGUGACAGAGACUGGCCUUACAAUCAGCUGGGUGUUUUCAUCAGACCCAAAGAGCAUAGCAUUCAGCGUUGUCUACCAAGAAUCAGAAGAAGCAAUGCUGGAUCAGUGCAAAGUCCUCAUUCCUAUGACCCGCUGCAACUCUCAUAAGGAAACUAUCAGAGGACAGGUGAAAGCGAGAAACUGUGGUAUCUACAUACUGAUAUUUGACAACACCUUCUCUAGGUUUAUCUCGAAAAAAGUAUUUUAUCACUUGACUGUUGAACAACCUGUGAUCUAUGAUGGAAGUGAUUUUCCAUAGCCUUGAAUAUAUGGUGUCCUUUUUUAAUUAUAUUUUUAAGAAACACUAUUAUUUAUAUGUAUGUAAGCACUAAAAAUAUCAUUGUUUGAACACCUCCUUAAGCUAUGCAGUAGUUACAAAACAAAGCACUUACAGUGUGUUUACACAAAAGAAAGAAACCCUUCACAGGAACAC